AUGGAAGCCUACUAUAUGUGGGAGCGGGUCCAUCUAACCGAGGACAUGAGUCGGUCGUGCAGCUCCUGCGACUGUGUAACGUAUUCGUAUUUUUUGAUAUCCGUGUUCCUAUUCACAUUGGGCUCCAUCAUAUCGGUGUUCUCGUUCGGGGCGUUCGACGACACUGUAUUCGCCAACCUGGGCCACAUGUGGAUGGUUGGACCGCUGUGCAUCUGUUCGGCCGUCAUGAUCGGCAUCAGGAACAUACUGUAUUUGCGAAGGCGCCGCGUCAUCGACAUGGUCAUCCGCCAACAGAUAGAGGACAUACGAUCUCAACAGGGACAGUUGGCGGACGCUCAACAACAGUAUUCGUUGCCGAUACGCACGGUUAGCGAACUUACCUUGCCCCCGUCUUACGAACAGUUGAUAGGCAGCCACAGCGAAGAGGGAAGUGACCUACCACCGCCAUCAUACGAAGAAGCUAUUGUCAGCAUGUCCAAGGAAACAACCAAAAGUGACGACAUUAUUGUCCUUAAUUAUUCUGUUAAAUAA